UAAAACGUGAUGAUAAAGUGUUAUGGGAGUUGCCCCUUUCCCCUGAGUUAAUAGAAGACAUUCGGGGGUGACUUUCUUUUUCACAGCAGCCGUCUGGCUUUGUGGCCCAACUCUCUACUUGACUUUAAAAGCGGGGCUCUAAGGGUUCCUGAGUGAUGACAACCUACUGCUGCAGGGGCAAAUAGAUGCAUAUCUAGAAUCCGAGGUACCUGCCCAUGGCCGUCAGCUCUGGUGCAAAGAUCCCUACUGCAGAGUCAGCAGGACUGUGAGCUGCACCGUGCAUAGAAGAGUUGCAGGCCCAAGAUGCUGAGCCGCCUGUCCGGGUUGGCGAACACUGUUCUGCAGGAGCUGUCGGGGGAUGGAGCUGACGGGGAAGCGGAGACUUCUGCCCCCGUGCCAGUGUUGGAGUCGGCAAUGGAAAGCAGGGACGAGACGCCCGAGGACAUGCUGGAGCGUCUGGCCCACACGGAGCGCCUGGUUGUCCAGCUGAAGGAUCUGAUCCGAGAGAAGGAUGCCCAGCUCCAGCAGAAAGAAGUUGUACUCAAGGAGGAACGGGAGGCGGCAGAUGCAAAGCUGAUGAAGUUGAAGCUUCAGGCCAAAGCCAAGCUGGCAGCUCUCAACAAGCACGUGGAAGAGCUGACGGGGCAGGGGGCAUCGCUGCCUGUGAAGAGCCCGCCUGGCGAGCAGCUGGAUCCCAGUAAGAAUGACCAGAGGACGAAUGAAGAGCACAGAGAAGAGGCUGAAGCUCUGAAACAGCAGCUCCAGGAGCAGGAGGAGACUCUCAGGGACUUGAGGGAGCAGCUAGCUGCAGCCAGAGAGAGCCAGAAAGACAUGCAGGCCAACCAAGCAGCCCAGCUGAGCUCGCUGCAGGAGGUGAUUCGGGAGAAGGAUGCUCUCCUUGAGGAAGAGGCUCGCCGUCACCAAGCCGAGUUGCUCCAGGCAGCAGCCCGACCAGAUCUGGAAGGCGAGAUGCAGCAGCACUUGAAGACGCUGCAGCGGAAGCUGGAGGAGCAGGAGGAAGCCCUGCUGGGGCGCGCCCAGGUGGUGGACUUUCUGCAGCAGGAGCUGCGUGGGGCAGAGCAGCAGAGCCAGACCCUCUCAGAGCAGUGCCAGAAGAUGGAGGCAGAGCUGAGCGCCUUGCAGAGCGUGCUGGAGGCAGAGAGAGAGGCGUCUCGGAGCCUCCCGGAGAAGAUGGAGCUGGAGCUGGCUGAGCAGAAGCAGGCCUUGCACAGCCUUCAGGAAGAGGUGCAGAGUCUGUCUGAGCAGCUGGCUCAGGCAGGGAGGGCGCGGGCUGAGCUGGAGUCGGAGUGCAGAGCCCUGGAGCAGAAGCACAGGCUGGAGACGGAGGAGAAGGACCUGCAGAUCUGUCGGCUUCAGAUGGUGGAGCAAGAGUUGUGCUCGAGCCACGAUGCCCUCGUUGCAGAGAACCAGCAGCUGCGGCAGGAUGUCGAUCGGUUGCUGGCGCCACCCGCUGAAUGCUCUGCCGCCGCGUGGUGCCUGCAAGAGGAGCUUGCACAGACAUCCGAGGCGUCCAUUCACCCCCAGGCUGACCCAGCAUUGCUGAACUCCCUGCCAGUCGCACAGGUCUUCGAGGAGCAGGUGCCAGCUCUCAAGCCAGGCUCUGCACAGGCUGAAGCAACCCUGCAGGAACACCUCAUGGAGCAGCAGGAGGAGACGGGGAUUUUACUGCCUUCCACUGCAGCACUGGAGGACCUGAAGGCUGAAAAUGAGACCCUGCGCGCUCGACUGGCCCUUGUGGAGGCUCAGCUGGAAGCUGCGAUGGGCACGGAGCAUCCCAACCAGGCUGACAGCCCCGGAGCUGAUGCCCUGUCACCAGAGUCGCCGAGUCCUGAGGAACCGUCCUCAGCUGGAGACCCCUCGCCUGGGCCUGAGGGUGCCUCAGUCGUGCCAGAGAGUCGCGAAGAGCCAAGUCCCCAGCUGCCUGAUGACCCUGCACCUCCGCCACAGGCCGGUACAGAGGACGCUUCCACCUGCAGCUCGCAGCUGGCUGGAGCCGGUGGCUCACCCGCCACUCAGGGGUCUGUGGCUGCAGAGGAACACAAAGAGCUGUCGGUUUUGCUGCUAGAGCUCAGCGAGGCUCAGGAGGAGAUCGACUUCCUGAAGCGGCAGCAGCUGCAGGACCCGGGCAGUCAAACCUCCAUGGGGACCUGGACGGGAGAAGAGACCAGCCUGCUGGGAGAAGGAUCCCAGGUGGAAUUCCUCACGGGAGAAGGGCAGGAGGCCUCACCUCCCCAAAACGAACUGAGCGGCAGCUCCAUGCUUACAGAGGUGGAAGCCCAAGGCAUCGCAGAGCAUCGGGAGCAGACAAGCAUCCCGGAGAGCAUCAUCCAGGGCGGAGGGGAAAUGGGGGCUGUGCUAGAAGUCUCUGGAGCAGCCCCAGAGCCUGGCACAUGUCAGCCUCAGGAGCUGACGAGGUUGCAGAUGCAGAUUGAGGACCUGCAAGCACGCCUGCGAUCAUCAGAGGAGCUGCAUGAAAACGAGUUAAGGGAGAAAGCUGCAGAAAUAAGCAGGCUAAACCAGCUGGUUGAGGAACACAGGAGAAAUGUUGAGGACUCUUCCAGUGCCCUUUGUGCCCUGGCUGGUGAGAGAGACCAGCUCCUGUCACAGAUGACGGAGCUCUGUACCAUCACGGAGCUCAAGGAGCAGGUGAGGCAGCUGGAGGAAAACCUCGCCGACUCGGAAAAGCAGAGGUUCUCGGACUACGAAAGCAGGACGGUGCAGUUCAGCCUCCUGAAGGAACAGAUCCAGAGCCUGAAAAACGAGUCGAAAUCCAAGGAGGUCAAAAUUGAAGCUUUGCAGAAGGACCUUGACGAGGCCCAGCUGGAGCUAUCUCAACAGGACGCUGUAGCCAAGGGCCUGAAAAGCCAGCUGGAGAGGAAGGAGGGUGAAGUGCUGGAUAGGGAGGAACGCCUGAGGAAGAGCACGGUCAAGACGGAGGAGCUGUCCCAAAACAUUACUGCCAAGGAGCUGGAGACCGCCCGGCUGGAAGAGCUGCUCGCUGAGCAGACGGAGACUGUGGCGAGCCUCCAGCGCACCUUGCAGGAAAGGGACCAGCAGAUGAUGGAGAUCAGCGUCAGCAUGUCUGAGAAGAUGGUCCUGCUAAACGAAGAGAAGUUCUCUCUGGGCAGCGAGCUGAAGAGCCUGAAGGAGCAGAUGAGCCAACGGCAGCAAACCCCGGAGGUACGAGACCAGCAGACAGAGACGGUGGGGGAGGCAGAAGACACGCGCCUGGUGGGUGAUGGACCCCAGCGGCAAGGCGAGGCGGCACCGCGUAGGGAGGAGGAGGUGCCGGUCGGAGAACUGGAGCUGCUGAGGAGGGAGAACGAGCAGGUGAAGCGGAAGCUGCAGGUAGCUCUCGUCAACAGGAAGGAGCUGCUGAAGAAGGUCAGUAGGCUGGAGAGCGACUUGGCGUGCGGGCGAGAGCAGCCGGGUGCAGAGGCGCCGGAAGCCGCAGCGGAAGAGAAUGCCCCCAGCGGACCGCGUUCAGGCACCGAGGGGACUCCCGAGAGCCCAGGCAAGGAGACGGUGCCGGCCGAAAGAGAAGCUGAGCUGCAGAGCCUCCGUGACGCCUUGCUGGAGAAGGAGGCGGCUGAGGCACGGUCCCAGGCACAGAUAGAGGAGAUGAGGCAAAGCUUGCAGGACAAGGCCACCCUUGUCGAGUCCCUGAGAGCGGAGGUCACGGAGAGCCAGUCAGCCCUCCAGAAGCUAACGGCAGCUCGUGAGAGCUCAGAAGCUCGUUUCCCAGCAGAUGAGGGCGACAGCAAGAGUGAGGACGUUGGUGCAUCUGCUGCGGGUCUUGAAGAGCAGGAGACAUCCGCCCUGAGAGCACGAAUCUCUGCCCUGGAACAAGAGCGGGAGCAGCUCCACAGAAAGCUGCAGGAGGCUCUGGCCUCUCGCAAGGACACGAUAAAGAAGGCUCAGGAGAAAGACCGGCACCACAGGGAGCAACUGAAGCAGCAAAAGGAUGAUUACAACCUCCUGCAGGAGCAGUUUGACAAGCAGAGCAAGGAGAAGGAAAGCAUCCAAGAUGAGCUCAGGCAGCUCCAGGAGCAGAGGGCGUCUGCAGAGAGGCCUCUAAGUGCACCUGUCUCCAGCUGCAGCAUGCAGUCUUCAUCCCUGGAAGCAGAAAACACACAGGCCAGCGGCAGCCUCCGGCAGGACGCAGACAUCUCUGCGGAAGAGCCGGGGGCAGAGCUGGCGGCGCUGCAGGCUGAGCGAGACCAGCUGCGAGGCGAGAUCAGCCGCGUGGAAACGGAGCUCGCUGACAAGUCCCAAGCAGCCGUCCAGCUACAGGAGCGCAUCGCCCAGCUGCUUUCGGAGGUGGCCGGUCUGCAAAGAGCCUGUCAGCAAGCAGAAGCCAAGGCGGCAAGUCUUCAGCUGGAGCUGGAGAGGAGCCACGCAGAGAUCUCCGGACAGGAAGAUGUGGAGGAGCUAAAAGGCCUUGUGAGGCAGAAGGAAGAAGAAAUCGGACUUCUCCACGCGCAGCUCGGGGAAAAGAGCGAAGCUCUUGCCAGCGCGCAGGCAGAGCGCCAGGAAAAAGAUGACGUGAUCCAGGCACUGAGCAGCCAGCUGGACGGGCAGGCGAGGGCGCAUGAGGAGCAGAGCAGGCGGCUGCAGGCUGAGCUGCUCGAAGUCCAGCAGAAGCAAGACGAAGGGGCCGAAGAAGCCAAGUGGAAGAGCCAAAUGCAGAGGAAGCUGCAGGCCGCGCUCAUCUCCAGGAAGGAGGCGCUGAAGGAGAGCAAGUCUCUAAAAGAGGAGCUGGCUGCGGCUAGAGCCACCGCCGAAGAUCUCUCCAUUAGGUUGAGGGACCUGGAGCGCCAGGCUAGCGACUGGGCAGCGGAGAAAGACGCAUUAUCUGCAAAGGUAGCCAGGCUCACAGAAGAGAGAGAGAAGCUCAUUGCAGAGGUAGACAAAGCCCUCAUGGAAAACCAGAACCUCGAUAGCUCUUGUGAGAGCUUGAAGUUGGCCCUUGAGGGCAUCACUCGAGAGAGAGAGACGCUAGAGAAGGAGGUCGAAUCCGCGAGGUCUUCGCAGGCUGCCACGAGCUCCGAGUGGCGAGAGAAACACCAGGAGCUGCAGAAAGAAUACGAAACCCUCCUGCAGUCCUAUGAGAACGUGAGCAACGAGGCGGAGCGGAUCCAGCGCGUCCUGGAGACCGUCAGGCAGGAGAAGCAGGAGGUUUUCCUCCGCUUGAAAGGGGCGGAGGGUCAGCAAAGAGAAGCGGAGAAGCAGCUGCAGGACACUGAGCGGGAGGUCGAGGGGAUGAAGGAGAAGAUGAGGAAGUUUGCAAAAUCCAAGCAACAGAAGAUCUUGGAACUGGAAGAGGAGAACGAGCGGCUGAGGGCAGAGGUGCAUCCUGCUGACGGUGACCCCGGCAGGGCGGGAGACGCAGCCCCGAUGAGCGCCGGCCUUAGCGAGGAGCUAGAGCGUGCCAGGCAGGAGCAUCAGUCUCUCUCUGCCCAACUGGAGAUGUUAAUGGCUGAAAAGGCUGCUCUUAGCCAAGAGGUGCAGGACUUGAAGCACCAGAUGCAGUGCGCAGAGUCCAAGCUGAAGGAAAGCCUGAAGGCAGCAGAAGUAGAAGAAAGUCGAGUAGUUCCUGCAGCAGCAUCUCCUCUAGCGAGGGCUGAAGACCUCAAGGAUGUGAGCAGCCCUCCAGAGACCCUGGUGCCCGCCACCGCCGGCCCCGUAGCCGAGGCAGAACGAAAAGAGAGGGAAGGCAGCGCUUCACCCAGCGACAUUGGUGCUCACCUGCAGCAAAUAGCUCAGCUCGCGGAGCGAAUCUCGGACCUGGAGGAGGGCAGGACGGCUGCGGAAGAAGAGCUUGGCCGCGUCCGUGCGAGCGUGGAGACUUUGGAGCAGGAGAAAGCAGCCUUAGAGAGCCUCGUGGCAGCAAAGGUCCAGGACCUGAACAGCCUGCAGGAGACGGUCGCCCAGAUGGAGCUGACCGGCCGACAAACCAAGGAAGAGCUGGCCAGGAUGACCCAGCUGAAGGAAGCCACGGAGGCCGAGAAGGACGAUCUGGAGGAAAGGCUCAUGAAUCAGCUGGCAGAACUGAACGGGAGCAUUGGGAACUACCAGCAAGACGUGACGGACCUCCAGGCCAGAGACGAGCAGCUGAGGUCUGAGCUGCAGGGUCUGCAAAGAGCCAUGCACGAGUUGGAGGAGGAGAAGCGCCAGCUGCUGAGGGAGAAAGCCGAAGCGGAGGCGGAGACCCGGAGGGAGCACGCAGAGAAGCUGCAGUGUGCCCGGAAGGGAGAUGGCAGCAGGACGCACGCCAAGGAGCUGCAGGAGCUGCUGAAGCAGAAGCAGCAGGAGGUGAGGCAGCUGCAGAAGGACUGCAUCAGGAGUCAGGAGAAAGUCAGCGGCCUGGAGAGAACUGUGAAAGCCCUGGAGUUCGUCCACAGCGAGUCUCAGAAGGAGCUGGAGGCAGCCAAAGAGAGCGUGGCCAGGGCCGGUGAAGACGCCGAGAAAGCACGAGCCGAGCUGGCGUCCUGCAGAGCGCGGCUGGACGACACCCAGAGCGAGGCGGCCAGGGUGCUUGCAGAAAGCCUCAGGGUGAAGGAGGAGCUGCAGGCGACCAGGGACCAGGUACAAGCUCAAGCCAAAAAGCAAGGCGAAGACUUCGAGAAAAGGCUGGUGCAAGAGAGAGACAAGCAUGCGAAGGAGGUGGAGAACAUGGCUGAGAAGCUGGCAGCCUCGCACAGAGAGAGGGACCGGCUGGAAGGGGCCGUUGGGGACGUCCAAGACUCCCUGCACAAGAAGGACCAAGAAACCAAGCAGCUGCAAGGCAGCCUGAACAAAACCCUGGCCCAGCUUGCAGCCUUCACCCGCAGCAUGUCCUCCCUCCAGGACGACCGGGACCGCGUGAUAGACGAGUCCAGAACGUGGGAGAGGAAGUUUACCAAGGCCAUCCAAAAAAAGGAGGAGGAGAUCCGGUCCAAGGAGGAGACCUGCGCGGUCCUGAAGGACCAGGUUCGACAGAUGACCAUGCACGCCGAGGAGCUGCAGAUUCAGAUAUCCAGGCUCGAGCAUGACAAACGGGACUGGGAGGCAGAGUCCAAGAGGGAGGCCCAGCAGCAUCGAGAGGCAUCUGAAAAGUUGCAGGAAGAGAACAAGGGGCUCCUGUCUCAGCUGGAAGAGGCUCAGCGGCUGCACAGGGACUCUCAGAGCGAACAACAGAAGCUGGAGGGAGAGAUCAAGAGCCUCCGAGACCAGCUUGCCAAUACACGUCACUCCUUUGCCAAGUGCGAGUCUACAAGAGAAGAACUGGAGAGCACCGUCCGGCAGCAAGAAGCCAGCCUCCAGGACUGCAGAUUCAGCUGCGAGCAGCUUGAGGCUGACCUCCAGGCCUCCCGGGACCUGACGAACAAGCUGCAAGAAGAGAUCGGGGCCAAGGAUCAAAAGAUCCUGAGUCUGCUCUCCGCCAAGGAGGAGGCGGUGGUGGCGGCUGUGUCCGAGUUCCAGCAGCAGCACACGGAGGAGAUUAAAGAGCUGGAGAGCAACCUGAGCAAGAAGGAAGAGGAGAAAACGGCCUUGGAAAAUGGGAGGAAAAAAGCACUGGACAAGCUCGACCGUCUCGCCGAGAAGAUGAAGGUAGUCAGGGAGGAGAGCAGGCAGAAGAAGGCUCAGCUGGACUCCUUCACCAAGUCCAUGUCCUCUUUGCAGGAUGACAGAGACCGCGUGCUGAGAGAGUACCGGCAGCUGGAGGAACGCCACCUCGCCGUCAUCUUGGAGAAAGACCAGCUGAUCCAAGAGGCGGCCACGGAGAACAACACACUCAAAGAGGAGAUUCGCAGCUUCCACAGCCGGAUGGACGACCUCCACUCGGAGAACGCCAAGCUGGAGGCCGAGCUGGUGCGGUACCGCGAGGACCUGAACCAGGUCAUUUCCAUAAAGGACUCUCAGCAGAAGCAGCUCCUCAAAACGCAGCUUCAGAGGAUCCAAGCCCUGGAAAAAGACAAGGCCAGCGCAGAAGAGCAGCUGAAAGAGGCCGACCGUGCCCUGGAAGCUCUCCGGGAGCAGGUGGAAGCCCUGCAGAAGGACAAAGUCGGCCUGUCCGAGGAGAUGGAGACCCUGACCGCCUCCCUCUCGGAAGCGCGGGACGAGGUGGCAGCGCUGCGCGAGGGGGCCGCCGUCGUGGAUCUUGAGGCCCGGUUGAAAGGCAGGGAGGACGAGGUGCAGGAGCUGAGCAGUCGGCUCACGCUCACGCAGCAGCGGCUGACGGAAGUGGAGGAGGACCUGGACCGCGUCCAGAGGGAGGCAGCCAAGAAGGUGGACGAGACCGAGCACAAACUGAGGAAGGAGCUGAAGCACCUUCACCACGAUGCGGGGGUCAUGCGGAACGAGACGGAGACCGCGGAGGAGCGGGUGGCCGAGCUGGCGCGGGACCUGAUGGAGAUGGAGCAGAAGCUGCUGGCAGUCACGGAGGAGAACAAGGAUCUCCGAGCCCAAAUUCAGUCAUUUGGGAAGUCGAUGAGCUCUCUCCAGGACAGCUGGGACCAGAGCAACGAGGAGCUCCGGGCGCUGCAGCAGAAAUACGCUGCGGACAUGGAGGAGCAGCAGGGCCUAGUUCACAGCCUCCAGAAGGAGAGGGCCCAGCUGCAGGAGGGGCAAAGCAGCCUUGCCCGAGAGCGAGACUCCCUGGUGUCUGAACUGGCAGCCCUGAAGGAGGCUGCGGACGAACGCGGACUGUUGUCCCAGGUGGAGAAGCUUCAUCAGCAGCUCCGGGCCAAAGAGGAAGAGCUUCGCCGCGUGUCCUCGGAGCUGGACGGGGCCUCCAGCCAGGUCAAGUCCUUCUCCAAAGCCAUGGCCAGCUUGCAGGGCGAGAGGGACCGGAUCUUGAGCGAACUGGACAAAGCCCGAAAGGUGGAGGAAGCAAAGCAGCAAGCGGCCGUGAGCACGUCCGCCAGCCCGGCUGAAGUGCAGAGCCUGAAGAAGGCCCUGUCCUCCCUGCAAGCCGACAGGGACAGGCUGGUGACGGAGCUGAAGAACCUGCAGCAGCAGUACCUGCAGGUCGGCGUGGACACGGCCGAGAUCUCUCGCCUGCGGACGCAGCUGCAGGAGCAGCAGCAGGAGGCAGAGGAGCUGCGCCGGGUCCAAGAGCAGCUCCAACAAGAGGGGGUUUCCUGGCAGCAAGAGCUCCAGCAGCUCAGACAGGAGAAGGCCACGUGGGAGGAGCAGAGCAGGGGGGUGAAGGAGCAGUGCCUGAUGGCCAUAGCCGACAAGGACCAGCAGCUGAGCCACCUGCAAAGGAUUGUGCAGGAGCUGCGGCCGCCCCUGUCCCAGUCGCAGGUUGUGGAGGAGCAGCACCAGGGGCAGGCUUCGACAGAGCCCCCUGGCACCAGGGAUGCAUCCAACCUGGAAGCCGAGACGAAGCAUCUCCGCGCCCAGCUGGGCGACAGCCUGAAGGAGCUGCACCACAAGGAGCUGAGGAUCCAGCAGCUCCAUAGCAAGCUGUCCCCGCUCUUCGAGGAGAAGAACACCCUGUCGCUGCAGCUGCGGGGCAGCAGCCGGAGCCUGCGCGAGAGCCACCAGCACUACAGCGAGGUCCUGGCCCGCUGCGCCACGCUCGAGAAGCAGCUGCGGGACCUGCAACCACCCAGCAAGGAUGUGGGCUCCCUCAUGACCGACGCCGCCCCCGGAGCCCCCCAGGAGAAGAGCGCGCCCCCGCGGGAGUGCUACACCCCCGAGCUGCAGGAGCUGCAGCUGAGGCUGUCGGAGGCUGAGCACCUGCGCAGCAGCACGAAGCAGGACUUGCGGCAGGCAGAGGAGCAGCUGCAGGAGGAGCGAGACCGGCGCCUGGCCGUGGAGGACGCGCUCUGCGCCGCGCAGGAUCAGAUCCGGAGGCUGGAGUCAGGGGAGUGGGCGUCCACCCUGAGUCACGGCAUCGAUAUGUCCCCUGCCCACGAGCAUGCCCUGCUUCUGGACCCUGCCGAGGGCAGCUUCAGCAAGACUCGGGGCAACUCUGGGCGGCGGCGCCUGCUGCGCUCCCUCUUCUGCUCCCGAGCGCGCCUGCCGCUGCUGGUGGCCGCAUACCUGCUCGCGCUGCACGUCCUGCUGCUCCUGUGCUUCACCGGUCACCUGUGAACUGGGCCACCCGCCCUGCCCCACCAAGGGCCGUCUGCCCCUGCCCCCACCCGAAGCCUGGAGCCACGGGGUGGGGCCGACCUGCCGCUUCCACCAGAUCCAGCCACGGUCACGCUGCAGCGGGGUCCCCACAGGAAACACCCCCAGGUGUCUGAGCCCCCAGCGCUUCAUUAACCCCUUGAUUGCUGGCUCUGCUGAAGCCCUGGCCCUUGGCCAUUGGCACCAGAAGGAGCUUGUGCUCUCAACUUGUGCUGCUGUUGGGGUCCAGCACCCGCCCACGGACAUGCAGCUUGGGGUAGCGGAGCCACCCUCGGGACGGUGGAUUAAACCAGCCAGGGUCUGGUUCACAUCUGCCGUGGGCUGGUUUCACACCGGCACUGUGGUGCCUGCAGCCAGACAUCGGCAGUCACAGCAGCAGGGCAUGGGGUCGGGCAGUCACUCGGUGUAGAAGGAUUUUGAGACCUGCAGCUAAGGUCACAAAAUCCUUAGAUGCAGGUGUAGCAGUGGACGUAGUCUUUUUGGACUUCAGGAAGGCCUUCAACACUGUCUCUCACCCCAUCCUCAUUAAAAAACUAGGGGACUGUGGCGUGGACAC